AUGAAAUACCAAAAUGUGGUAGCAUGGGUACAAGUGAAGGGGCAUCCAAGAGCUGACGUGGCAGUAGUUGUGAAGACGAGGACAGGGUAUGAAGUUGGUGGUUGGGUGGUGGCCAAAAGUGGCUGCUGGUCAAUGUUGAAAGGUGGCUUCACGGUCAAUGUUUCUGGCCCAGCUCAAUUAUAUUUUGAGUCCAAAAAUCUACAAGCUGAUAUUUGGGCAGACAGCAUCUCCCUGCAGCCAUUUACUCUCCAAGAAUGGAAAUCCCAUCAACGACAUAACGUGGAGAAGGUGCGGAAAACCGGAGUGAAGUUUAACGUUUUGGACCAAUGGGGCCGUCCGGUGCAUAACGCAACAGUUAGGGUAACCCAAAAGCGCCGGAGAUUUCCCCUCGGUUCCGCCAUCAACAAAUACAUCCUUGACAACCCUGCCUACCAAAACUGGUUCUUGAAAAGAUUCAAGUACACCGUCUUUGAAAACGAGCUCAAAUGGUACUCUACCGAAUACUCUCCUGGCAACACAGACUACUCAAUCUCUGACAAGCUCGUCCAAUUCGCCAAAUCCCACCGUAUUAGAAUUCGCGGGCACAACAUAUUCUGGGACGUCCCCAAUGCUCAGCCUUAUUGGGUCAAUGGACUGGCGCCAUAUGCCUUUGGGGAGGCUGCCUGGAAGAGAAUAUACUCGGUGAUGAAUAGAUACAAGGGCCAGUUCAUUCACUGGGACGUGGUCAAUGAGAACAUGCACGGCCAGUUUCUGGAGAGUAAGUUGGGUAGUGGCGCGUCUUAUAACUUCUAUAAGAUAGCCAACCAGAUCGACGGUCAAAGAGCAAUACCAUUUCUAAACGAUUACAACACCAUAGAACAGUGUUAUGACCCUAACGCUUCGCCGUGGAGGUAUUUGCAGGACAUUAACAGUUUACGGAGUUCCGGUUAUGCUGGGAGAUUCGGUAUUGGGUUAGAGGGUCAUUUUACUUAUGCGAAUUUGGCCUACAUAAGGUCUGCACUCGAUGUACUCGCAGCUGCACGAGCGCGAAUUUGGGUUACUGAGUUGGACGUUGCACCUGGCCCCAAUCAGGCAUAUUUCUUGGACCAAAUUCUGCACGAGCUUUUUUCACAUCCCAAAGUAAAAGGCAUAAUGAUGUGGACAGCUAUAAAUCCAAGUGGAUGCUAUCAAAUGUGUUUAACGGACUUCAAUUUCAGAAAUUUACCAACAGGAGACGUUGUGGACAAUUUUAUUAGUCAAUUGAGUCAUGCUACAGAUUUGCCAGGAACUACCGAUUCAAAUGGCAUUUACAAGACUCGGCUUCAUCAUGGUCAAUAUGAAGUCAAAGUUGAUCAUCCCAAUGGACGCUCGACUUCGUUCCAAAUCAAUGUUGUGCCCAGACGACAAUAUCGAGGCGGACACGCAUAUUCGAUCUACAUAUAA